CCCGCGCGCGGUCCCUGCGCCCCGCUCCGCCCGCGCCUGGCUGCCCGCGCUGCGCCUCGGGCGUCCAGAGCGCACCCCUCGCUCGGCAGCCAGCGCCGCCCUCGGCAGCCCAGCCGCAGCCUUGCUCCUCUUCCUCCUCGACCUCCUCCUCCUCCUCCUCCUCCGCGGCCGCCGCCGGACACGCAGCCGCAGGCCGGGGCCGGGACGCAGCUGGGGAGUCAGGGACGCGCGCCGCCCGCCCUUCCCCCUCCGGCUCCCGCACCGCCGGCCGCCUCCCCUCGCCCUCCUCCUCUCCCCUCCCUGCUCCUUCGCUUCUUCCUCCUCCUCCUCUCCCGGCCCCAGCUGCCAGCACCAUGUCCGCAGGGGGAGAUUUUGGGAACCCACUGAGAAAAUUCAAGUUGGUGUUCCUGGGGGAACAGAGCGUUGGGAAGACGUCUCUGAUCACAAGGUUCAUGUAUGACAGCUUCGACAACACAUACCAGGCCACCAUCGGGAUCGACUUCUUGUCAAAAACCAUGUACUUGGAGGACCGUACGGUUCGACUGCAGCUCUGGGAUACGGCCGGCCAGGAGAGGUUCCGCAGCCUGAUCCCCAGCUACAUCCGGGACUCCACGGUGGCUGUGGUGGUGUACGACAUCACAAAUCUGAACUCCUUCCAGCAGACCUCUAAGUGGAUUGACGACGUCAGGACAGAGAGGGGCAGCGAUGUGAUCAUCAUGCUGGUGGGCAACAAGACAGACCUGGCUGACAAGAGGCAGAUAACCAUCGAGGAAGGGGAGCAACGCGCCAAAGAACUCAGUGUCAUGUUUAUUGAGACCAGUGCGAAAACGGGCUACAACGUGAAGCAGCUCUUCCGACGUGUGGCAUCAGCCCUGCCCGGCAUGGAAAAUGUCCAGGAGAAAAGCAAAGAAGGGAUGAUUGACAUCAAGCUGGACAAACCCCAGGAGCCCCCGGCCAGCGAGGGCGGCUGCUCUUGCUAAUGCAGAGCCGGCUGGCACCUUCCUCCGACACCACUUGCUUGUUGUGUUGUUCCCUAUUGGCUAGCUUCCUAACGGGGUGGGGAAUGAGUUGAUCAUGAUGGGAGGAUUUUCCUUUCUCUCUCUAGGAAUAGGGUGGGUUGGGGAGGGAGGCUGGGCAUCAGGGAUCACAUCACUCUUAACAGCUGUUACUUAAACAACUAUUUUUUGGUUUGGUUGUAAUAUAUUGUACUUUAUUAAGAUUGCCAAAAACUGUUAAAAUUUAAAAAAA